AUGCCAGAUGGCCUUGUGAGUUCAAGCGGUCUUAAACUUUCAAAUAUGUCAGGAUUUUCAUUUGGGAAGCCUGCAACCACCAGUGCUUUUGCAUUUGGGUCGUCUCCUUUCGGAGCAUCUGCUGGGACAAAACCAACAUUUGGAGUUAGCACAUCCACAACAUCACUAUUUUCUCCGGCUGUCGCAUCGAGUUCCAAUACUGCUGUAUGCAGCUCUUCACUCCUUCAGAACCCUCCAUCUUUGUCCUUGACAUCUACUUCUGGAUUCGGUACAGUCGCAACUACUUCAAAUGCUUUUGGUUUGUCAUCCUUCGCUAGCUUAGCAAAGCCAUCUACAACGGUAUCUACUUUUGGUACUUCUAGCAUCACUGGUUUGGGAACAAACUCAAAUCUCACACCAACCUCACAAUCUGCUCUUAAUCAGCCAUUAGUUAAUCCUUUACCCAGCCUCUUAAAACCGGCUACUACGACUAGUAAUGUUGGAAGUUCAUUCACUUUCGGACUGACUACUGCCAUUUCUACUCAAAGUACAGUAACUCCUCCAAUCAGUUAUGGCACUUUUUCUUCGACGACUGUGUCUACUGGGGCUUCCACAGCCUCCAUUGUAAAUGUUCAUGCAAGUCAACCGGCCAUACCUAGUAGUAUUGGUUUUGGUGUAUCUUCAGCUUCACUAUCAUCGUCAGCGAUCACAUCAACAGCAGCAACAAUAGCAAUGACAUCUUACAACUUUGGGAACCCUAGUCUCUCCACAUUGGCUAAAUCAACAGCGGCUUCUGGGUUCGGGGUGUCAUCAUUGGGGAUUGCAACUCGAACACUAGGUGAAACAGCCACUACUGCAGCAGCAAUAACUACAUCAUUAUGCGCUACCAUCACGACAACAACCACUUCUAUUCCGUCCGCCACUACUACAUCUAGUGUAUCUGUCACAUCCUCUCAAACUCUUACUUACAAUCAGUUGGAAGAAUUGGUCAAUAAAUGGACUCUUGAGCUUGAGGAACAAGAACGAUAUUUCUUCGAUGAAGCAGAUCGUAUUAAUCAAUGGGAUCAAACCUUGAUUUGUAACGCAGAAAAUAUAACAGCUAUGUACAAAAAGGUAGAAAUGUGUCAAUGUGAACAGAGUCGUCUUGAGCAGGAAUUAGAUUUUAUUGAAGGUCAACAACGUGAAUUGGAAAGUUUACUGGAACCACUAGAACGUGCAGUGAAUGAAUUACCACCCGGUCAGUUACAUUCAGAUUAUGAACGUGAAGCUAUAUUUCAAUUGGCUACAAAUGUCGACUUAGAAUUAGGUCAACUGUUGACUGAUUUACGUGAAAUAGCCGAUCAAACAAACACCACUACAAUGAAUGUUACUACUGGUUUUAAUUCAUCGGAUAAUAGUACAACUACUACGAAUGCCACUAAGGAGAAUACUAUGAUUAAUGGUAAUAAUAAACUAACUUCAUCAACUAACGGGGAUAUUAUGAAUCAAAUUACGCGUAUUCUGAAUUGUCAUAUGCAUUCACUCAAUUGGAUUCAUCAUAACACACAUGGUCGGAAGAUAGAUUUUUGUUUAUUAAAAUGGACUAAUAUCAAAUGAAGUACUAAUGAAACCAAUCACUUCUGAAUGGUUUUUAAACUUAUUCACCGACUACGAAUGUACGUACUCAGGUUUGAGCAGCAUAUUAUUUGUGUAUGUAAUCAAUAAAAUAUUAACUGGUUGUCCAUACCGAUUUAAAUCAUGAGAAAAGUCCAAAGAUUCAAUAUACCAGUUGAAAGCCGAUCGGAAUUUAACUGCUAAAUGCGGUUAAGACAUCCUAGGAACAAAGUACUCAAUGAAUUACCAAAUAGUGCUAUUAAGACUCAUAAGGUUAGUAGUAGUAUCUAAGCCUAAAAUUUCUGGGUUUUAUCCCCUAUGAAGUGAAUGAUGCGCACUGGUAUGGAGAUAGUUCAUUAUUCAGAUAUUUCCAGUGUCUAUCCGCUUCCCUUAACACUUCUCCUUUUAUGUGUCAUAGCCCCCAAAUGACCUGGUAUGGCCGAGAGUCUGGAAAGUCCGCUCUCCCUCUCCAAAUGCUCUCACAUGGCCACGCG